AAGAGACACUGAUAGUCGAUUGCUCUUUUGUAUCGUCAAUUGAGGGAGAGAGAGAUGGAAGAGACGGUGGUAGAAGCUAAACGAAGCCCAGGGAGUAGCGGCGGAAAGCCGGCCUUCAUGCUAUCAGCGCCACCGUUUCAACAAUCUCCGCCGUCGUCGUUGGUUCGGUCGCCGCUGAUUCAAGAGCAGCAGCCCCCGGGGAGUAGCAGCGGAAAGCCGGCCUUCAUGAUAUCAGCGCCACCGUUUCAACAAUCUCCGCCGUCGUCGUUGGUUCGGUCGCCGCUGAUUCAAGAGCAGCAGCCCAACAGUAGUACUAGUACUAGGCCGAAAACCCCUUUAGCUAGAAGCCCAUUAGUUGGCCGUUUGAGCAUGAUGAUGACGAUGAGUAGUAGUGGCGGCUGUAGUACGCCGCUGGGGAGCCCGGGGAUGAAGAGGGCAGCGGCGAGCGUGAGAGGGUAUCUGGAGGAAAUAGGGCACCUGACGAGGGUUGACCCGCAGGAAGCUUGGCUCCCCAUCACCCAGUCCCGCCGCGGGAACGCCUACUACUCCGCCUUCCACACCCUUUCCUCCGGCAUCGGAUUUCAAGGCCUCUUCCUUCCCCUCGCUCUCCCUCCGCUCGGUUGGAGGUGGGGGAUCAUAUGUCUAUUAAUGGCGUUUGUGUGGCAGCUAUACACUCUAUGGCUGCUGAUCCAACUCCACGAAUCCCUGCCCGGAACCCGCUACAGCCGUUACCUCCAUCUGUCCAUGGCCGCAUUUGGAGAAAAGCUGGGGAAGCUCUUUGCCCUGUUCCCGAUCAUGUACCUCUCCGGCGGCACCUGCGUGACCCUCAUCAUGAUCGGAGGCGGGACCAUGAAGAUAUUUUUUCAUAUCGUCUGUGGGCCCGAGCGCGACGCCGACCCGCUGACCACGACGGAGUGGUACCUUGUGUUCGCCUGCUCCGCCGUCGUCCUGGCUCAGCUGCCCAACCUGAACUCCAUCGCCGGAGUUUCCUUGAUCGGCGCAAUCACGGCCGUCGCCUACUGUACACUCAUUUGGGCGGUGUCCGUAGCCAAAGGUAGGCCCGCCGGCGUGUCCUACGGCCCACCGGAGUCCCAGUCCGAUGCUGCUAGGCUCUGCGGCGUUCUGAAUGGGCUUGGGAUAAUUGCGUUUGCUUUCAGAGGCCACAAUCUUGUGCUGGAAAUUCAGGGAACAAUGCCUUCAACUUUAAAGCAACCAUCGCGCGUUCCCAUGUGGAAAGGAGUGAAGUUUGCAUACCUACUCAUCGCCUUCUGUCUGUUUCCCCUUGCCCUUGCCGGCUAUUGGGCUUACGGAAACUUGAUACACUCAAACGACGGGAUGUUGGAUGCCCUAUACAAGUACCAUAGCCACGACACAUCCAAGGCUCUUCUCAGUUUAACUACUCUGCUCGUGGUAUUCAACAGCCUGAGUUCGUUUCAGAUAUAUGCCAUGCCAGUCUUCGACAACCUGGAGUCUAGAUACACUGCCAGGAAGAACCGGCCAUGCCCCUGGUGGCUCCGCACUGCCAUUCGGGCCUUCUUCGGGUGCCUGGCAUUCUUCAUAGCAGUGGCGCUGCCCUUCCUUAGGAGCCUGGCCGGCUUGAUAGGAGGGGUUGCCCUGCCGGUCACACUGGCAUAUCCAUGUUUCAUGUCGGUACUGAUCAAAAAGCCCAAAAAGUACAGUGUCUCUUGGUAUCUUAAUUGGACCCUAGGAUGGUUUGGGAUGAUUUUGAGCAUUCUGGUGGUGAUAGGAGCAGUGUGGAGUAUUGUGAACCCUGGAAUUGAAUUACACUUUUUCAAGCCCCACUAAGGAAAAAGAAAUCUCAAAAACUGCAAAAUCAGAAACCCUAAUGAAGCCUGCCUCAUUGCCAAAUCUGUGAAUGGAUCAAGUUUAUCAGAACAUGUAUAUGAUGAAUACACCACUUUGAUCUGCU